AUGUUCAUAAACCGCUGACUAUUUUCAACCAAUCACAAAGAUAUUGGAACUCUUUACCUUCUAUUUGGCGCCUGAGCUGGUAUGGUGGGGACUGCUCUCAGUCUCUUAAUCCGAGCCGAGCUGGGUCAACCUGGCACACUGCUAGGGGAUGACCAGAUUUAUAAUGUAGUCGUCACCGCCCAUGCUUUUGUAAUAAUCUUCUUUAUAGUGAUGCCUAUUAUAAUUGGAGGGUUUGGAAACUGAUUAGUCCCAUUAAUAAUCGGGGCCCCCGAUAUAGCAUUCCCUCGAAUGAAUAAUAUGAGUUUCUGACUCCUCCCCCCGUCUUUCCUGCUUUUGCUCGCAUCAUCUAUGGUAGAGGCUGGGGCGGGGACUGGGUGGACAGUAUACCCGCCUCUAGCCGGCAACCUAGCUCAUGCAGGAGCAUCCGUAGACCUAACUAUUUUCUCACUACACUUGGCAGGUGUCUCCUCAAUCUUAGGCGCUAUUAAUUUUAUUACUACUAUUAUUAAUAUAAAACCCCCUGCUAUAUCCCAGUAUCAAACACCUCUAUUUGUCUGAUCGGUCUUAAUCACUGCUGUAUUACUACUCCUAUCGCUGCCAGUUUUAGCAGCAGGCAUCACUAUGCUACUGACAGAUCGAAAUCUGAACACCACAUUUUUUGACCCCGCUGGAGGAGGGGAUCCUAUCUUAUAUCAACACUUAUUCUGAUUUUUCGGUCACCCAGAAGUCUACAUUUUAAUUUUACCCGGGUUUGGAAUGAUUUCACAUAUUGUCACCUAUUACUCAGGUAAAAAAGAACCUUUUGGCUACAUGGGAAUAGUUUGAGCUAUAAUAUCAAUUGGCUUUCUGGGCUUUAUCGUAUGGGCCCAUCACAUGUUUACUGUGGGGAUAGAUGUGGACACACGAGCAUACUUUACAUCAGCUACUAUAAUUAUUGCUAUUCCCACAGGGGUAAAAGUAUUUAGUUGACUGGCUACUCUUCAUGGAGGUAAUAUUAAAUGGUCUCCCGCUAUGCUAUGGGCCCUAGGAUUUAUUUUCUUAUUCACUGUGGGGGGCCUAACAGGAAUCGUACUAGCAAAUUCCUCAUUAGACAUUGUCCUUCACGACACAUACUACGUAGUAGCUCACUUCCACUAUGUAUUGUCAAUAGGAGCAGUAUUUGCUAUCAUAGGGGGUUUUGUUCAUUGAUUCCCCCUAUUCUCAGGAUAUACUCUCGAUAAUACUUGGGCAAAAAUUCAUUUCACUAUUAUAUUCGUAGGUGUCAAUAUAACGUUUUUCCCUCAGCAUUUUCUAGGCUUGUCCGGAAUGCCUCGACGUUAUUCUGACUAUCCAGAUGCAUAUACAACUUGAAAUACAGUCUCCUCAAUAGGCUCUUUUAUCUCACUAACAGCAGUAAUAUUAAUGGUUUUCAUAGUGUGAGAAGCUUUUGCAUCAAAGCGAGAAGUGGCCACAGUGGAACUAACCACAACCAAUCUUGAAUGGCUGCAUGCAUGUCCCCCUCCGUAUCACACAUUUGAAGAACCAACCUAUGUACUGUUAAAAUAA